GAGGAGCUGAGACAGUCCCGUGAAAGGGGCGUGGCUCUGCGGUGUGGGCGUGGUCCUACAAAUAAUACUGUAUAUGAUCCUCAUUUGCUAAAAUGCCACAACUUCCUCACAAUUUAUAGAAUGCAAGCAACGAAUAUCAAUCCAAGGAUCUGGACUUUCCCUACAAACAAAGGGAUUCCUCUCAUUUGGGCGCCGACGUUUACUUCGCUUUAAAAAGCACUCCGCGGCACGCAGAGAGAGAGAGAGAGCGAGCGAGCGAAUUGAGGAAGUGGAGAAAUCGACUGGAGCGGCGCAACAAGGCUACUUCACUUAGCCUCACUUCGCCAAACGUCGCCCAUUACGGACAGAAAGAAUAAAAAAAAUUGUGAAACAGAAAAAUGCAGCAGCACAAGUAAUGCAAGAGAAAAACAAACAAACAGUGUCUUGCGUAGCUCCGGCGAGCGUUUCGACGGCGUUUACUUGCGGAGAGGAGCCAUGAAGUCGGAAAUAAAGAUUGAUCAACCUUUUGCUGCCUGCUUUGUGAAGAAAUCUCAUUCAGGUCACAUUCUGGUAAUUGGAUUCCAUUGGAAAUACAGAAUCUAAACAGCCACUAAACUGUUUCUGCAGUUGAAGUAAAAAAAUGUAUUGGUCAGUGGGUACCAGUCAAGAUGGCAUUGGUGCCAAGGAUGGUGUUGCCAACCAAUGUGAUGAUGAGGAAAUGGGAAGCAAGCAGUCCUUCCCAGGCACUGCCACACUGACUGAGUCGCUGACAGUUGAAAACAUACAAGUCACUUACCAAAAUGGUGAUAUGAACAAAGCACAGACCCUCAUCCAAGUAUGCUGCUCUGAAACUGAGGGAGCCUCUCUGGAUAAGCAUCAUCUUCUGGGAGUUGCAGCAGCAAAUGGCGAUGUGGUGUCUGUGCAGUACUUGCUAACGGAAGUUAAAGUGGAGCUGUCACAAGAGCUGGCCGAUGAUAACCCAGCUGUAGUAGCUGCUUAUUAUGGGCAUAAGGACAUUGUUAAAAUGCUUCUUAACUCCGUAGCAGGGCCGUGUCUCAACAGGGACUUAGUAAAUUGGAUGAUGACGGUGGCUUGUCAACAAGGACAACUAGAAAUUGUCAAGCUGCUGGUGCAUAGCUAUCACGCUGAUCCUGAAAGCUGUGCCGUCCGGAAAAAUGACUUUGCAAUCAUUACAGGACUUCCACUUUAUGUGGCAGCCCAAGCAGGGAAUGAAGAAAUUUCUGAGUUUCUGUUGCACAAUGGAGCAGCGAUCUCCUCUUACACUCUGAUGGACCAUCCUGAAUUUAUAGAAAAGCUCCUUAAAACGAAGUUUGUGGAACCGAGCUGCCCAGACGCUGACCCUGACGCCAGUAAUACCGUCACAGUACAGUGGUCUUGUCUGAAGCUGCCAUGGCUGGAGUUAAAUUGGUUUCUUGACAUUUCAUCAAGGAUUUCUGUGCUGGACCUCUCUGCAAACUGUCUUCAAACUCUACCAUCCAUCAUUCCUUGGGGUCUCAUUCAGCUUCAGACUCUUAAUCUCUCUGACAACCACUUGAAGGAACUCCACGCCAUCCAAUCUUCUGAUCAGAUCAUUUGCACAAGCCUGCUUCAGAUUGAUUUAUCAAAAAAUCAACUGUCCAGCUUACCACCGGGAUUUUUGCAUCUUACAAGUCUCCAAAAACUUACAGCAUCAAAGAACCAGCUGGUAAACCUGUUUGAAGCUGAAAAUGGUGUCAAUUGGAUAGGACUGCGUAAAUUAGAAGAACUUGAUGUCUCGGAUAAUCUUCUUGCAGAACUCCCUUCUGUGUUCACGCAAUGCUUCAAGUCUCUCAGUUACCUAAAUAUCAGCCGGAACAAAUUAAAAGCGUUUCCUGUUCCGUGGGCAUGCCCCCUGAAAUCUUGUAAAGUCUCUUCAAAUUUCAUUGAGGACAUUCCAAACUCCCUGACCAUUUUUUGGAAAAAUUAUUUACAAGAAUUUGAUAUUUCCAGUAACUGCCUGAAAAGUGUGCCAGCUUGUGUCUUCCAGUUGGAAGUUUUGGCAUCCUUGAAACUGUCUGGAAAUCAGUUGUCAUCCUUACCACCUCCAGAUAUAUGGACAUGUUCUCAGAUGAAAUUACUCGAUUUGUCUAAGAAUCACUUUGGGAAGACAGACAAAGGAUCAAAGCUGCCAAGAUUAAGUUUCUUAACUACUUUGAGAAGAAGCUCAGAUCCAGCUUACUCGUUAUAUCUCCCUGAAUUCCUCUGCGAGUCUUUAGAAAUUCUGUUCCUUUGUGAUAACCAGCUGGAAGCAGUGCCUCCAUCAGUGUGUGGUUUAAAGAACUUGAGUGAGCUCUACCUGUCAAAUAACCCCGGGAUUCGAGAAUUGCCUUGUGAACUUGGGCAGCUGUCAAAUCUUUGGCAGCUGGAUAUUGAAGACCUGAACAUUGGUAAUGUUCCUGCUGAGGUCAGAAAGAAAGGUGCAGCUGCUACUUUGGGGUUUUUAAGGGCUCAGCUGAGAAGAGCAGAAAAAUGCAAACUGAUGAAGCUAAUUAUAGUUGGGCCUCCUCGCCAAGGCAAAUCCACCUUACUGGAAGCUUUACAAUCAGGGAAGGUUCCACAGGCCAUGCAGAAGGAGGCCACUAUCAGCAUUUGCAAAUGGGAGCUUGAGAGACCUAGUGGGAUCAAAUCUGUGGUUGAUUCUGUGGAGUUCAGUGUUUGGGACAUUGGAGGACCUGCCAGCAUGUCCACUGUCAACCAGUGCUUCUUCACUGACAAGGCUCUAUAUGUAGUUGUGUGGAACUUGGCUAUGGGUGAGGAGGCAGUCGCCAACCUGCAGUCGUGGUUGUUGAAUAUUGAGGCCAGAGCUCCAAAUGCUGCAGUGCUUGUAGUUGGAACCCACCUGGACCUGAUUGACACAAAGUUCCGCACCGAAAGGAUUGCUACUUUACGGGCCUAUGUCCUGGCACUGUGUCGAUCGCCAUCAGGAAGUAGAGCAACCGGGUACCCCGACAUUACCUGCAAGCAUCUCCAUGAGGUCUCUUGCAAGACACUGGAGGGCCAUGAUAAUUUGAGAAGGUUGAUAUUCCAGGCUUCCUGCUGUGUAAAAGAUAUGUCCAACAUUUCAGGGUCAUACAGAUUUGUGGGGAGACUGAUUCCAAGAAGUUAUUUUCUUCUUCAAGAUGCUGUGACUGCAGAGAAGCAACGCCGCAAAGAAGACGAUGAAGUACAGUACUUGACUGAUCUUGAGCUGGAACAAAUCAUUGAGCAAAAUCCUGAAAGUGAUAUUAAAGACUAUGAGGACCUACAAUCUGCCAUCAAUUUCCUCAUUGAGACUGGGGUGCUGCUCCACUUCCCUGACACAAGUCGCGGUUUGAGGAACCUUUACUUCUUGGAUGCAGUCUGGCUGUCCGAGUGUCUCGAGAGGAUUAUUAAUAUUAAGAGCUCCAAGUCCGUGGCAAAGAAUGGUGUGAUCAAGGGUGAAGACUUGAGGAUGUUGUUGGUGGGCACUGGCUUUACGGAGCAAACAGAGGAGCAGUACCUUCAACUUUUAGCCAAGUUUGAAAUUGCACUCCCAGUAGCAAGCAACAGUUACCUUCUUCCACAUCUGUUACCUCCCAAACCUGGACUGGAUAUCCAUGGGCUCCAGCAAAAGAUAGCCAACACUAUCCAGAGGCUGUUCAAAAUGAGUUUCGUCCCAGCUGGCUUUUGGCAGAGAUUCAUUGCGCGCAUGUUGAUCAGUCUAACUGAGAUGGACCUGCAGUCAUUUGAGAGCAAAAAAAAUGCAAAGACCUUGAGAGAAAGGAAGACUGUUAUUUAUAGCUUUGCUGGCACCCAGCAGAGAAACCGCUGCAGCACAUUUCGGGUAAGGAGAAGCCAGACGAUUUACUGGAAGGAGGGACUGCUGGUUACAUUCAGUGGCGGAUACCUCAGCAUUGAAUCAUCAGAGCUCAACUGGAAGAAGAAAAAAAGUGGAGGAAUCAAAAUUAUCUGCCAAUCAGAAGCCAGAGAUUUUUCUGCCAUGGCCUUUAUUACUGACCAUGUGAAUUCUCUAAUUGAUCAGUGGUUUCCUGCUUUAAGAGCUAGUGAGAAUGAUGGCACACUCUUGAUUGAGCAGUACGCCCCAUGUCCUUACUGUGCUGUGGCUAUCAAAGAUGGAGGCGAGGUCACCAGCAAAUCAAAGGCUAUACACUAUUUUAACAUGGAAGAUUGUGUUCUUGCUGCUGUAGAGAUGGAGCACAUUAUCUGCCCUAACCAUCCAUCUGUGCCAGUGUUUCUCCAGGAACUAGUGCCAGAACUCUUCAUGACUGACUUCCCUGCCAGGUUGUUUCUCGACAACAGUAAAAUGGAAUACAGUGAGAGUGAAAACAGCAUAUUGGGCCAAGGCGGCAGUGGGACCAUUAUUUAUAAGGCCAAAUACAGAGAUUUACCUGUUGCUGUGAAGAGAUUCCACUUUAAAAAGUGUAAGCAGAAAACCUCUGACAUGAAUACAGACAGCAUGGUUAAACAUUUGCAAUCAAUGGAAGCCCUUAGGAAUUUUUCUGAGUUCCGGCAGGAAGCCAGCAUGCUUCACUCUCUACAGCAUCUCUGCAUCGUAUCUUUGAUUGGCAUCAGCAUCCAUCCCCUUUGCUUUGCCCUGGAACUUGCUCCCUUAGGCAGUCUUAACAUAGUGUUGGAGGAGAACUCAAAGGGAGAAUCAUUCAUACCUCUUGGUCACAUGCUCACCUUUAAAAUGACCUAUCAGAUUGCAGCAGGACUGGCUUAUCUGCACAGAAAGAAUGUCAUUUUCUGUGAUUUAAAAUCUGAUAACAUACUGGUCUGGUCCCUGGAGGUUACAGAUUCGGUUAUUGUCAAGCUUUCCGAUUAUGGUAUUUCCCGUCAGUCUUUUCAUGAAGGGGCACUGGGAGUAGAAGGAACACCUGGCUACCAAGCACCAGAAAUCAGACCUGGCAUUGUCUACGAUGAGAAGGUGGACAUGUUCUCUUAUGGCAUGGUGGUUUACGAGCUACUGUCUGGACGCCGUCCUAUUUUGGAUCAACAUCAACCCCAGAUUGUGAAGAAGUUAUCCAAGGGUGUGAGACCAAUACUAGGCACCCCUGAAGAAGUCCAGUUCCACUUUCUGCAUGCACUCAUGCUGGAGUGCUGGGAUACAAAACCUGAAAAGAGGCCACUGGCCAACUCAGUAGUAAAACAGAUGCAAGAUCCUAGCUUUCCAGCUUUGAAGUACCUCCUUCACUGCGAAAAACACUCUUACCUCUUCUUCCCUGCUGAACAAGAUCACACAGUCAUGUUUUGGGAUAUGGAGGGAGAGGAAAGAAAUUACACUGUUGUGAAUAUAGAGAAGGGUGUAGAGGAGGUAAAAAAGAUGCCAUGCAGUGGAAUGAAACUCAGCUGCCAACUCAAAAUCGCAAAUACUCUUUGGACAGCAACAGAGGAUCAAAACAUUUAUAUUUACAGUUUAAAAGAGAUGUGCCCAUUGCGCACUGCACAGAAGAAGCUCACCUGUCCAGCAGUUGUAACAUGCAUGCUUCUUGUGCCUGCAAAAAGUGAGACUUUACCCAUUUUAUUUGUCGGUAUGGCAGAUGGACUCAUCGCAGUCUACACAUUGAUUGCUGAUAUGCCACAUGAAAAUGAGUCAUAUUUGUGUUCCCACACCAUCAAUAAGUCCCUCUUUAAAAUUCCAGAUGAUGACCCACGGCAAAAUCCUUACCCCAUCACAGUAAUGGUGCUAGUAAAGAGUUGUUCUGAGCUGUGGUGCAGCAAUGGUCCUGGCAUCCUUGUUAUAGACUGUCUAAAUCUGCAGGCAGUCAGACGGCUAGACCCAUAUAGCUUUCCAUCUAGAAUUCUGUCCAUGACAUCUAAUUCUGCAUUUGGUGGAGAAGAAGCCGUUUGGUGUCUGGAUGACAAGACUAAUACUCUUUUGAUGUAUCAUGUUGCUUCCUUCCAACUUUGUGCCAAGUACUUUUGUGGGGACUGCAAUCCACUACGGGAUAUGUUUACAAUUCAGACACCUGCCGCUGUGGCACCACAGCUCUCAAAACCCACUAUGGGUGAAAAUCUGGUGUCUGACCCCAGUAGUCCCAUGGAUGUAAGCAUCAUCUACAGUAAAGAGGUGGGCACCCAGAUAAUCAGAAACCGAGACUCCCUCACAGACUAUUGCUCGCUAUCUUCCAUGUCUUCCAAUGACUUGUCUCAGAGUAGUUGCACCAAUGGAAUCUUUGAUUCCCUGGAAAGGUCCUCUAGUGUGAGCAACUCGGGAAGUAUCGAGGAAGUGGACGUAUCGCAUACCUUGGCCUUUAGCACAGUGGUAUCUGGAUGUGAACAUCCCAACCAGGCAUCUGAAUCAACUGAGGGGCUACAGUCCGUGAAAGUGUUGGCAGUCAAGGACACCCUCUGGAUCCCUAGGCAAAAAGGGGAUAUAAUAGUUAUUGAGCUGGAAAACGAGGUGGGCACACACAGAGGAAGAGUGAUUGCACUGCUCAGAGCAGCUGACAUGGUAAAAUAUGGGAUGCUACUGGACGCAGCAGUAAUUGAAAAGGAUACUGUGGUGUGUGGAUUUCAGAAUGAAAACAAGGAGUGGUGCCUGGCUGUCUGGAGAGGCUGGGGUGCCAGAGACUUUGAAAUCUUCUACCAGUCCUACGAGGAGGUGGGAAGGCUGGAUACCAGCAUGAGAAAAAGAAGGUAGCUUUUGUGGUGCACAAAAUUAGUGCUCUGUGAAAGACUCCCUUCAGGGGAAUUGAGACGUGUGUGCCUUCUAUGUACUGAGCUGAAUGAACCUGCACUAACACAUCCAUAAACGGCAAACGUCCAAGGGCCUCGGAGUUGCUUUAAUAUUAGCAAGUAACGAUAAAAUUGGACAAACUAAAAAUAAGCACAAAGAAAGUGUGGAAGCGUUGCAUCCCCAACUUGGCAACUAUUAGCCACGUACCUGCUUGGUUUAUGUGCAUAACUAGGUUAAAUAAUGGUACUCUAGCAAAGGAAAAUUAACCUAGUGACUAUACAGUUACACACAGAGGAUGACACAGACUUUGCCAUACCAGGCUACUUGCCAUUUUGGUGAAAAAUGGUGGGUUCACCCCCCCCUUUUAAAAUACCUGAACAUUACAGCUUUCUUCAUAGCUCCCAAUGUUCUUCCCCCAGUACAUAAAUGAAAGGAAAAAAAAAUAAUUUGGGUCCCUGCCUGGAAUAGCUUUGAAUAUUCUUACUCCAUGGUAAUAAGCUGCGGUGCCUUUAGUAAAACACAAACCUCACCUUUUAAUUUGCACUCUAACACUACUCUUUCAGUUCAGUAUUGGGUUGCAGUACUUUAUUGCUUCUUCACAGGUGAAAUGAUUAGUGGUACCAUACUUGACAUACAAAAAAUCUUUUAUGUUCAGAAUACUCUUGAGAAGCAGCUCAAGUUAGUUUGGACAGUUGCAUGUCCUGGUUAAGAAAUUUGCACACUUGUUUUACCACUUGUAUUUUUGAAUUGUUAUAAUACUGUAUUUUUAAUGUUCUCAAAACUGUUAAUUUAUUAUUUUCCUCUUGCUAUAAGGUAAACAGUCUGCUCUCAUCUGUUCUUGCACUCUGAUCUUUCAGUUCACUCGCUAAACAGCAAACUUGCACUGUUAAUGAUUCUGCAUGAAUACUACACUGGUCUUAAAAUCCCCCCC